CCACCACGCCAACUACCCCUUUUCUUUGGCUGCACACGCGCGCGACGGUCAUGGCGACCGAGCUGCUGUCGCCACUCGUUCCGCAGCAUCGACGACGACGAGGCCUCGCUGUCGCCACGGCGGCGCCCCUGCUCGUGCUCCUGAUCGUUGCCGCCUUCACCCGCCCGCCGGUGGCGGUGAGCUCCAGGGAGGUCGUCCAGCUGACCCUCCUCGCAGGCGCUAGGGAGAAGGGCGCGGCGUGCUUGGAUGGGAGCCCGCCUGGUUACCACCUUCAGAGAGGCUUCGACUCCGGAACCCACAACUGGCUCGUCUAUCUUCAGGGUGGAGGUUGGUGCAACACCACAGAAAGUUGUUCCGAACGCAAAAUGACAGACCUUGGUUCAUCUAAGUUUAUGGGAGCAGUAAAGUUCAGUGGGAUACUCAGCAAUCAGCACCAAGAAAAUCCUGAUUUCUACAACUGGAAUAUUGUUGUUAUAAGAUACUGCGAUGGGGCAUCAUUUGCUGGGGAUGCGGAGGGCGAAGAUAAGGAUGGAACCAAACUUUUCUUCAGAGGAUUGCGCAUCUGGGAAGCAGUUGUUGAUGAACUCAUGGGGAAAGGACUGGCCACUGCUAAACAGGCCUUACUGACAGGUUGUUCUGCUGGUAGUCUAUCUACACUACUACACUGCGAUAAUUUUAGUGCACGAUUUCCUCAGGAGGUUUUGGUUAAAUGCCUUUCUGAUGCUGGAUUUUUUCUUGAUGAAAAGGAUUUAUCUGGAGAAAGGUCUAUGCGCUUGCUCUGCAAUGGAGUAGUUCACCUUCAGAAUGUUAGAGAAGUUUUGCCCAGGGUCUGCCUCGCAAAGAAGGAUCCGACAGAGUGUUUCUUUCCUGCUGAACUUAUUAAGAGCAUCAGCACCCCCACGUUUAUUCUGAACUCCGAUUAUGAUUCUUGGCAGAUACGAAACGUUCUCGCGCCAAAUGGAUCCUAUCCUGGACAGUCAUGGUCGAGUUGCAAAGCAGACAUCCGAAACUGCAGUUCCAGGCAAAUUGAUGUACUGCAUGGAUUCAGGAAAAAAAUAAUCAGUGAGUUGAAGGUUGCUGAAGAUAACAAGGACUGGGGGCUGUUCAUCGAUUCAUGCUUCACCCACUGUCAAACACCAUUCAGAAUCUCAUGGAACUCGCGGCUCUCCCCAAGACUUGGUAAUAAGACUAUCGCAGAGGCUGUUGGGGAUUGGUAUUUUGGUAGAAGGGAAGAAGUAAAACAGUUUGACUGCGAGUAUCCAUGUAACCCCACAUGCAGCAGUCGUCUGCCUACUGCUUAAUCCACACGGAACUGCGCCGAUUCAGCGUCAAGUGCCUCUGGCCGGUCUUGGUAGACUUUGUCACUGCAUCUGGCGGACGCGAAGAACUGCAACGGUCUUCGUAGAAAAUGUUGGUAGAAUUUUGUAGCACGGUCAUUGCCGGCAUAUGAACGACUCGCGAUGAUAAUGACAUGGAUCAAUCUGGUUCAAA